ACGAUGCGCCUCCAGGGGGUCGAUCUCGACCAUGGCAGCCUCGAUUUCUCCUGCUGCACGAAGCUUCUCCACCUCAGCCUCACUGCCUGCAGCCUCGAUGGCGAUGCCAUCGUGUCGCCCUCGCUGGAGCGCCUCCAUAUCAUGGACUGCGCCUCAGAAUCGCCGAUCAGGAUUUCCACCCCGAGCCUCCGCCAUCUGCAGCUAUCCGGUGACCACGACGGGAUCUGUACUGCACCGUCGUCUCUCGACACCAUGCCUUGCUUAACCAAUGCAACCAUCCAGCUUACUGGCUUCGUCGAGGGCGGCGAUGGUGAUGCCAAUGCCGGCCGCUCUUUGAUUCUCCGUGGAUUAUCGGAAGCCACCAGCCUGGAGCUCAUAGCUACGAGGAGCGAUGGAAGGACAAUCUUCCUAAGGGAUUUGGCAUGGUGCCCUACAUUCCCAAAGUUAAAGACCUUGAUACUUAAUGAGUGGUGUGUGUAUGAUGAUGUAACUGCCAUUGAGUGCCUUCUACGCCACACGCCAAGAUUGGAGAGCCUCAUUCUGCAACUUAAUUUUAAGAACCGCCCUACACUCCAGGUGGAAGGAGAAGGAAGUGAUAAUACAUCAGAACAGUCUAUUCUUAACUUUGAGCACCUUAAGACAGUGGAGAUCACGAACCGUCCACCUUAUUAUUAUGAACCGAUGGUAUAUUUUGACACAAGGAUUGAUGAAGUUUUUAAACUGUUCAGUGACUUGGGCAUACCUAGCAGUAAGAUCAGUAUCAACUACUAGAAACCUGAAGG